AUGAUGGUUUACUUGCCCCUUUCCCCACAUUCCUGGUCAGGGCCCCACUCCAGCCGCAGAAGAGCCCCUCCUGCCUUCCACCAGGCCGUCUUUCUUUAUACGGUCACACACCUGCCGCAGUCUCUUCUGGGGCUCUGCACAGUCGCUGUGGGCUGUGUGGACGGAGGUUGUGGGAGAGCCCCUCUAAUGGCCAACAUGCCCACUCAGGCUAUCAUCACCCCUCAGCUGGGCAUCGGGACCCUCCUGCCUGCUGACAUGGCUGCCAGCACCCGUGCCAGUGUGAACCCCAGCCUGCCUGCAUCCUGCGGGCGAGCCUCCUCUCUGGCAGUGACACUAUUGCCCCCCAACAGCCCCUCUCUCCUUAUCACACACAUCUGCCCUCAGAGGAGAACUGUUCCAGCACCUCUCUCCUGCAAACAAGCUCCCUUUAAAUGCCAAAUCCAGUCACACGGCAGUUCCUUAAACAGGAAUCGGGAGCUGCUGGACUUGGAGUGGAAUGGCUCAGACCACAUCCGCUGGAGGUCGCCCUUUAAGAGACCUUCUGCAUGCGCCCAAAGAUGUUGGCAGGCCCAGGGGCACCACAGGAGUCCCCACUGGCUUGUUUUUUGUAGUUGUCAUAGCGAAGGACAAAACAGAGCAGGAGACCAGGCAUCACAAUGUCUCCGAUGCCCAACAUGGAGAAGUGGCUGCCGGUGGAGCUUAGGAAGACCAGUUUUCCAGGCAGAGACAGGCGAGGAAUUCCGUCUCCGAGGUGGAAUGCAGAUCUUUGUGAAGACCCUGACUGGUAAGACCAUCACCCUUGAGGUCGAGCCCAGUGACACCAUUAAGAACGUCAAGGCAAAGAUCUAGGACAAGGAAGGCAUCCCUCCUGACCAGCAGAGGUUGAUCUUUGCUGGAAAGCAGCUGGAAGAUGGGCGCACCUUGUCUGACUACAACAUCCAGAAAGAGUCCACUCUACACCUUGUCCUCCGUCUCAGAGGUGGGAUGCAGAUCUUCGUGAAGACACUGACUGGUAAGACCAUCGCCCUUGAGGUGGAGCCCAGUGACACCAUUGAGAAUGUCAAGGCAAAGAUCCAGGACAAGGAAGGCACCCCUCCUGACCAGUAGAGAUUGAUCUUUGCCUGGAAACAGCUGGAAGAUGGGCGCACCUUGUCUGACUACAACAUCCAGAAAGAGUCCACGCUACACCUGGUUCUCCGUCUCCGAGGUGGAAUGCAGAUCUUCUUGAAGACCCUGACCGGUAAGACCAUCACCCUCGAGGUGGAGCCCAGUGACACCAUUGAGAACGUCAAGGCCAAGAUCCAAGACAAGGAAGGCACCCCUCCUGACCAGCAGAGAUUGAUCUUUGCUGGGAAACAGCUGGAAGAUGGGCGCACCCUAUCUGACUACAACAUCCAGGAGGAGUCCACUCUGCACUUGGUCCUGCGCUUGAGGGGGGGUGUCUAAGUUUCCCUCCCCUUUAAGGUUUCAACAAAUCUCAUUGCACUUUUCUUUCAAUAAAGUUGUUGCAUUCCCAA